AUAGCGAAUGUAUGCUGAUACUGUCCAGCGCCGUCCACAUUCGCUUGAUCAUACAUGUGCUUUUCUGCCUUCUUCAUAGGAGGAUCGCAUCCGACAGCCUUGGGAAAUGGUGAAGGAAGAGCAGCCCUCGUCUAUCUCUGUGAUAAUCUAAUGGCAGACCAAAGAAUGGACAUCUCCUCCACAAUGAAUGAGUUCAUGUCUCCCAGUUCCACUGACCUGAUCAGCAGCUCCAUGGGAACGCCAGGCAUGGACUACAGCCGCAAGAGGAAGGGCAGCAUCACCGACUAUCAAAUCGAUGGUUUUUCUUUUGAAUCUGAGGCUUCAUGGAUGAGAUUCCUUAUCCCAAACUCACAGCUCACACAAUACCCUGAGAGUGAACGGGACAGAAUGGAUGCAGACAAUGACAAACAACUUGAAAGGGUCGAUCUGCAGAUUAAGAAUGCAAGGGAGGCUCACAGUCAGAUAGAGAAGAGACGCAGAGACAAGAUGAACAGCUUUAUUGAUGAGCUGGCUUCAUUAGUGCCUACCUGCAACGCCAUGUCCCGCAAACUGGAUAAACUCACUGUGCUGCGCAUGGCAGUCCAGCAUAUGAAAACACUUCGAGGUGCUGCAAACCCUUAUACUGAAGCUAACUACAAGCCAGGCUUUUUAUCAGACGAUGAGCUGAAGCACUUAAUAUUAAAGGCGGCUGAUGGUUUUCUAUUCGUUGUGGGCUGUGAUCGGGGAAAGAUCCUUUUUGUGUCCGAGUCUGUCUACAAAAUUCUAAAUUACAGUCAGAAUGACCUGAUUGGCCAGAGUUUGUUUGAUUAUUUGCAUCCAAAAGACAUUGCAAAAGUCAAAGAGCAGCUCUCGUCAUCUGACACAGCACCACGGGAGAGACUCAUUGAUGCUAAAACCGGGCUGCGAGUCAGGACAGACAUUGCCCCUAGUCCCUCCAGAUUGUGCUCAGGGUCCAGACGCUCCUUCUUCUGCAGAAUGAAGUGCAACAGGUCCCUCGUCAAAAUGGAGGAAAAAGAUUUCCCCUCGACUUGCUCCAAAAAGAAUGCCGAUCGCAAGAGCUUCUGCACCAUCCACAGCACUGGCUAUCUCAAGAGCUGGCCGCCCAUUAAUAUGGGCUUAGAUGAAGACAAUGAGCCUGAUAAUGAAGGCUGUAAUCUCAGCUGCUUAGUGGCCAUUGGCCGAUUACAUCCUCAUAUUGUCCCACAACCUAUGAAUGGAGACAUCCGGGUGAAGCCGACAGAGUAUGUCUCGCGCCAUGCCAUUGAUGGGAAGUUUGUUUUUGUGGACCAAAGGGCCACGGCCAUUCUUGCUUAUCUACCUCAAGAGAUGCUGGGCACGUCUUUCUAUGAGUAUUUCCAUCAGGAUGACAUCGGACAUCUCGCUGAAUGCCAUAGACAGGUUCUGCAGAUGAGAGAGAAGAUCAACACUAACUGUUACAAUUUCAAGAUUAAAGAUGGUUCUUUUAUAACUUUAAGAAGUCGAUGGUUCAGUUUCAUGAACCCUUGGACCAAAGAAGUAGAAUACAUAGUCUCAACUAAUACAGUUGUCUCGGGCAGUUCACUUGAGGGAGCAGAGCCUCACUAUCCUCAGCUCACUGCUUCCCCUCAGAGUAUGGACAGUGUCCUUACAGCCGGUGACGGCUCAGUGAAGACUGUUCCCGGAAUCCCUGGAAGAACGAGACCCGGAGCAGGAAAGAUCGGACGCAUGAUCGCAGAGGAAGUGAUGGAGAUCCAAAGGAUAAGAGGCUCAUCCCCGUCUAGUUGUGGCUCAAGCCCCCUCAACAUCACCAACAGCACACCCCCUCCUGACACAUCGUCCACUGCGGGCAGGAAGUUUUCAAAUGCUGGAACUCCAGACAUCCCUUCUGCCGGAAUGAUGUCAGGCCAGGACAGCAUAGGAUAUCCUUACUCUGACAGCUCUGUUUUAAGUGAUCAUUCACACAUUGGUAUGGGUGACAUCACGGACGAGCCCGGUUCCAGCAGUCCCAGUAGUGAUGAGGCUGCGAUGGCGAUCAUCAUGAGCCUGCUGGAGGCGGACGCGGGCCUCGGGGGUCCAGUGGACUUCAGUGACUUACCCUGGCCGCUGUGAGAGUUCACCCAUCACACUGUACCACCGGUCACACUGUAUCCUGCAACAUAACUCCAUCCGGUUCAC